AAUGUAUUACUGCUUUUUACCAUAUUUUGUUUAUUUUAUUUUUGUUUUUUUAUUUAAAAAAUGUUUAAUUGUUGUAUGAGGUAUUAGGGUUUAUUAUUUUAAUUUCCUACAAUUUCUCAUAACAUUUAUCCCAGUAUCGAUUAAAUUGUUUUCCUUCAAUAUAAAAGAAUAUUCGCAUUAAAUAUUUUAGCAAUAUAAGUUUGAUUGGCAUUUGACCGAGUGGUGAUUUGGGCAACCAAUUAUUAAUCACUUUGCUGGAAAUAUCUGCAGACAGUAGGAAGUUGGACACCAACCCAAAAAUUACGAUUAAAGCAGAUUUUAAGGCUGCUAAUCUACCAGUCACCGAUAUGUUUGACGCAGGGCAGGGAAACUGGGAAGGAUCAUUAUAUAAUCCUAAUAUCCUGAUCAAACUAGAGUGCGUAAUUAGCCCGUGUUUCGCUGGAAAAUUGACCGUAACGUAGAAAUUUAAUUGCAGGUGUAAGAGAGCUUAAUUAUCGCUUAUUAUAAACUUCCCAACUGCAACACUGAAUUAAAUGGUGGACGCUUUAUUGAAGGGACGGAACACCGGUGAAAACAUUGAUAGAAGUAACAGAUAGUGGAUGCUUAGGUAAAGAAAUGUUACUUAUGCAAAGCAGCAUGAGUAUAUUAGGCCAUGGAACUGGUAGAGGAAUUAUAAAGAUAUGGUUCAUAGCUUCAAUACUUUCUAUGUGGCAACCUGCACAUUGUGUGGUGCAUUCAGCACUUUCACUGAAUGCUUACGCUUCGAAGAUAUUUUCAAGAACUGACAGAUAUCAGAAUACAACAGCUGGACUAAGCACCCAGGCUUGCAGGGAUGGAUACAUGUCGUUAAGGUCUUGCUAUCUUGCCAAUCAAGACACAGCUACACUGAAUAGUCUAUCCAGCCAAUACCUUACACAAGCUUAUCAUGGGUAUAGGCCUCAAGUACAGGAACGAGAAGUGCCUUUAGUGCUCUCCCCAUUUUUCCCAUCACUAUACUCAGCAAGUAGCAAGCGAAGAAGGCGUCGUUAUUUGAAUGAAAACCUCCACGAAAGAAGAGAGCGUUCAAUCACAAGUGUUUCAAGUGGAAAUCCUUGUGUGAACAAAGUAUCAAAAAAGAUCACGAUAUUUUAUGGAAUUGACAGCAUUAGUGGGCAAGUGGUGGAACUACUGCAAGACCCAGAACAACACCUCUACCAAACAUUCUAUGUAUUUGAAUGCUCAAGGUCCUUCUUUUUAAACUUUUUAUGUGAAACACAAUAUGUUGAAUUCCUGGCUGCAGUAUAUGUUGGACCCAACUUUGAAGUUGCUAUGAGACAAAUCAAGAUUCCAACCCAUUGCUCAUUAAGUGUGGGAAGGGGCAUUUUUCUACUACUAAAUAACUAAAAACUGGUCGAAAUUUAAAUCGCAUGUACAAGUAUUUGUGUUGCUCUUUGUAUAACCUAGAUAAAUUUUGUUUUCAUAUCACAUAUUAUAAUUAUUGUCACAUGGGAAUUACAUUCUUUUCUUAUUGACAAUACUGUAUUACGCAUAUUUCAUUGGUUUAUUGUACAAUUUGAACAAAACGUGUUUCAGGCUAGGGUUUUUUAACCUAAAACUUUAACCUGUAGCACCAUUUAUUUGUGUUGGCGUUUUAUGACUUUAUUUUCACAUACAUAAACCUGACCCAAUUUAAAAAUUCCAGUAUAUGUGAUUCCACAAACUUCUGUUUAAUCUGUACUUGUAUAUAUUAAACUUGUUUCUUUUUUUGAACAGUAGCAGUGUAGGAAUUUAUGUAGGGAAAUUGAUUUUGCACAAAAAGAAACCAUGCAAGAAAACAUGAAGGUUUUUAUAAUGACCAUCACACUAUGCAUAUGUAUGGAGUAUACAACUGGAACAAUCAUCUCUCAAAUGACAACUGCAGAUUACAACUAUAGACUGCAAUACAAACUCAAUCGAAUUAAACCUGGCUACCUGAACCUCACCAGCUGUGGUUCAAUGCUAAAUCUCAGGUCAUGCCAGCUUGCACUAUACGAUCAAGAAAAAGUCCGAGACUUGGCAGCGAACUACAUCACAAGAACACAAUUUUCUGCAGUCCAGAGGAAAAGAAGAGCAAUGCGAGAGACAAGAAAGAGAGUUAAAAGAGAAAUUCCAGGAAAUCCAUGCAGAUCUGGUGUAGGAGUCGAACAGACAGUUAUUUAUGCCACAGAUUUUGAAACAGGAAACAUAGUUGAACUACUACAUGAUCCAGUGAACCACGUGUAUCAAACAUUCUACAUCUAUGAUUGUCAAAUUUUCAACUGGUUAUCUUUCCUCUGCCAACUACAAGAUAUUGAGUUCAAAGCAACCGUGUUUACCGGGGUAAACUUCGAAGUAGAAGUAAGGAAAGUAAAGUUUCCAACAACUUGUGCUUUGAGGGUGGAAUGGUAAAACAAUUUUACAAACUGCAAGAGGUUCUUAAACUUAGUCCAAUCAUGCACCACUGUUUGACUUAGUUCAGUGAUCUUGUAUAUAUAAACUAUCUAUCAAAAAUCUUGGCAUACGUUGUGAUAUGUUAUGCUUUGCUUCAAGUCACAUAAUUUCUGUUCAACUUCAGUUGUUAAUUUUGAACAGCUUUGUAUUUUAAUUUCAGCGUAGCCUGUCAAAAACCGUAACAAAAAGUGUAAAAUUUA